UCAACUAGAAUAACUAACUAAAAGGUCCCUAGGGUUUUUAUUCAACCCAAACAAAUCCCACAUUUCUGUUUCUCAGCCGCCGAGCAACCAAAACGCCAAAAUGUCAGUCGAUUCAGCGCCGCCGGUGGAAAAACUCACCCUAAUCGACGUCGUAGAGGAGGCGAGAUUCUCUCAACGCGUUCCGAUCUGUUCAAUCGUCGGCCGUACCGACGGAGGAGCUGGACUCGCCGGAAAUGUUGUCAAAAUCGGUGGUUGGGUCAAAACAGGAAGAGAACAGGGCAAGGGUUCAUUCGCUUUCCUCGAAGUGAAUGACGGUUCAUGCCCAGGGAAUCUCCAAGUGAUCGUUGAUGCUUCAGUUCAUAAGCUUGGUGAUUUGGUACUUACUGGUACUUGUGUACAUGUGGAAGGUGAAUUGAAGGUUCCUCCUGAAGGUGCGAAGCAGAAAGUUGAGCUUCGUGUUCAGAAGGUUAUAUCUGUGGGUACUGUUGAUGCUGCUAAGUAUCCAUUGCCGAAGACUAAGUUGACGCUAGAGUUUUUAAGGGAUGUUGUUCAUCUUCGAUCCCGAACGAACACUAUUUCUGCUGUUGCUAGAAUCCGUAAUGCCUUAGCUUAUGCCACCCAUACAUUCUUCCAAAACAAUGGGUUUCUUUAUAUCCACACCCCAAUCAUCACAACAAGUGAUUGUGAGGGUGCUGGUGAGAUGUUCCAAGUUACUAGUUUGAUAAGCGAAGCUGAAAAGUUGGAGAAGGAGCUGAAAGAGAAUCCUGCUCCUUCAGAAUCUGACGUUCAAGCUGCUGAGCAACUCGCCAAAGAGAAAGGUGAGGUAGUUGCUCAGCUAAAAGCUAGUAAGGCGAGCAUGGACAAAACUGAUCCCAAUAUUGCGGACAUCAACAAGAAAAUCAGUGCUGCAGUCGCCGAGCUACAACGAGCUAAAGAGAAUCUCCUGAAGUUGCAAGAGAGAUCUAAAUUGGGAGAAAGAUACAGACUCUCUGCUGGUAUUCCUAAAAAGGAUGGAAAGAUUGAUUACUCUGAGGAUUUUUUUGGACGACAAGCUUUCUUGACAGUGUCUGGCCAACUCCAAGUUGAAACCUAUGCAUGUGCACUUUCUAGUGUGUAUACUUUUGGACCAACUUUUCGAGCUGAACAGUCCCACACUACUCGGCAUCUUGCAGAGUUCUGGAUGGUGGAGCCUGAAAUUGCUUUUGCUGAUAUCCAGGAUGAUAUGAAUUGUGCUGAGGCGUAUGUGAAGUUUCUGUGUCAGUGGUUACUUGACCAUUGCCUUGAUGACAUGGAAUUUAUGACUAAAUUUGUAGAUAAAGAUGCUCUGAGUAGACUUAGAAUGGUUGCCUCAUCGAACUGCCAUCGGAUAACUUAUACAGAAGCCAUAGAUAUUCUUGAGGUAGCAGCUAAAGUGAAGAAAUUUGAAAAUAAAGUAGAGUGGGGGAUUGACUUAGCAUCUGAACAUGAAAGAUAUUUGACCGAAGAGCAUUUUAAGGCACCUGUUAUUGUGUUCAACUACCCAAAAGGGAUAAAAGCAUUUUACAUGAAGGUGAACGAAGACAACAAGACAGUUGCUGCCAUGGAUCUGCUUGUACCAAAGGUGGGAGAACUAAUUGGAGGAAGCCAAAGAGAAGAGAAUUAUGAAGUCCUCAGAUCAAGGAUACUGGAUAUGGGUCUACCACUAGAGCCAUAUGAGUGGUAUCUGGACCUGAGGCGCUAUGGUACUGUAAAGCACAGUGGUUUCGGUUUAGGUUUUGAACGAAUGAUUCUGUUUGCCACUGGGAUAGAAAACAUUCGGGAUGUCAUUCCCUUCCCUAGAUAUCCAGGGAGAGCCGAUCUUUAAGCCAUAGCGAUAGACAUGGAUACCUAUUUAUUUUUUUUGAAAUUAUGACACCAUUUUCUAAAUUGUAAUUGCUAUUUAAAAGUUCCAAACAAAUUCAGAUACAGGAAACCUGUAUCAUAUUGUAAUCUCUCAGGAGGGGUUGGGGUGAGUGGCUGAGCGCGUUUGCGGUGUAUUUCAUCUAACACUUGCUGCUGGGUUUACAAAUAUGCAUUCUGGUUUUUAGUAAAACUGAUUUUGUAGAUGGCUUUGUUGGACAUAUCAUAUUUCUUUGUUAUUGGAAAUGCUGUCACUUUGUUUAUGUGAUUUUCUUGGUUUGA